GCGCUUCAAGAUGUCUUUCCUUGCGGCAAUUAAGUUCAGACAUCGUUUAGGUAUGGCGUCGGUUGAAAUUUGGAACCGUUGUGGAAUAGUAAAACGUUAAAAUGAAAAUCAUAUGUGCUGGGUUCUGGAAAACAGGUACAAAAAGUUUGGCGGAGGCUUUGACAAUACUUGGAUAUAAAGUAUACGAUUAUGAUUACCAACUGUUUGAAUUUCCUGAGCUGUGGAAUAAGUUAUUCGAUGGAACAAUUACCGACGACGAAAUUCGGGAAGAAUUGAAGGAUGUUGACGCUUUCAUUGAUGGACCUGUAAUUGCGUUUUGGGAAGACAUAUCGAGGGCAAUUCCAGAGGCAAAGGUAAUCCUAACAACACGAGAUGAAGAUAAAUGGCACAAUAGUUUAGUUAGAAGUAUUGAUACGAUUCCAACGAUUUUAAAGUAUUUCUUCCCUUUAAUGAGCUUAACACCGACGGGAAGGACAUUUUUGGUAGUUGGUUCACGAGUUUGGUCCUAUUGCUUUGGAUCCGGUUCUCCUAUGUCUAUGAAAAUAAGCCCUCAACUACAGAAACGAAAAUUCCGCCAGCAUAACUGUUACGUGACUUCUUCAGUUUCAAAGGAUAAGCUGCUCGUUCUGAAUAUUGGAAGUGGGUGGGAACCAUUGUGCAAAUUUCUCGGAAAAGAUAUUCCAGAUAUUCCAUAUCCACAUAAAAAUAAGGAUGGUGCACAUCUUACAACUGAUGGAGGUCCACAGCAUCCUAAAUAUAAGCAACUGAAGCUGGAAUUGAUGUUUUUGUUGGGCAUACUUAUAUCAAUCAUUUCAUACAUUUUCUACGUAAUUUGUAUUUACAUUUGUACUUGAAAAAGUUUGUUGAAAAUUUGCAAAGAGCAUGGACGUCAGUACAUAGGGAAAGAUGACUUGCUAGUAAAUAGGCACAAAGCGAUGUUUCAUCCAAUGAUGAGGUCUUUAUUCACUAACUCAUUCUUAAUAGAUUGGAUAGUAUUCAUAAUUUACGUUAUCUGUUAGUGAUAUAAAGGAUAACUGUAUUUUUUCUAUAUGCUGAUACUUUCAUAAAAAAGUUUUGCAAACCAUAUAAAGGCGGUGGCCAUGAUUUUUGUUGUUAUUAAUCAUUCAUUUUAGCAUUGUAAUUAAUUAUUGGUAUGUCAUUUUUUGUUGACUUGUAUCUUCAAGUAGGGUUGAAUUCACUUUAUCAUCAAGUGUAACUGAGAAUAAAAGAAUUUGUUGUAAACUUUGCACUUACCGUACUACACUCUGGUUAUUUAAUGUUCGUAUUUUAUUAUUUAAUAAGGUAUGCAAUAUUAAAUUUCAAGUAUUAUUCUAAAUCGCUUUAUGUGGUAUAAAAGUGCCAUUUUCUUAUAAAACAAUUUUAUUGCAUUGAACACAUAACUCAUUAAUAUUAAUUUAGAAUUGCGUUCUAUGUAACUCCCUCCUAUUUAGAAAAAAAUUUCUCAGCUUCUCAUAU